UACAUAAAUGAGGAGUCGGUCGGCGCUGGCGUAUUGUUGAGUUAAGAGCCUUGUGCCCCGCCAAGUACGUAUCUACCUAUCUGCUCUCGGAGCGUGACCGGUGCACCGUCAGACAGACCUCGCAGUACACUGAGCCAGACGUAACAAUGGUCGCUCUCCGAGUAGUCGUGUGCUUCGCUGUGCUCGCGGCCUCAGCUGUCGCCACCAACGUGCGCCAGUGUCCAGGUAAAUCCAUCGAAAACCUGAGCGACAACGUACAGCUGUCACCAUGCCAGAAGCCUCCCUGCAAGCUCAAGAAAGGCACUGAUCAAUCCAUCACCAUCAACUUCACACCAGAAACGGACAUAAAGGAUGUCGUGAACAAAGUCAGUGCAGAUGUCGCUGGGAUCAACCUACCGUUCGUGGGAGUGGACGGAAAUUCUAUCUGUGACAAGAUUUUCACAGAGAGUGGCGAAAAAGCCUCAUGUCCAGUCAAAGCGGGUACUAAAUACACCUAUAAAGAUUCCUUCCCCGUGUACGCUUUCUACCCGUCGUUGAAGGUGAAGGUACAUUGGGCGCUAAGCAACGCAGACACCAAAUCAGACUUCAUGUGCUUUGAAGUGCCUGCACAAAUUGCGUAAUGCAAAGCAUAUUCAGCAGAAUUAGAAAUGCUCACUUAUAUCAUAUUUUAAGUACUUACAUAACUAUAUGCUUACUAUUGGGAAUCUGUGCCUUAUUAGCCCCGGCAGAUAGUAAUGUUACAAGUUCUAAGCGUAAAAUACCUACUUGUUCAAAGUUGUGAGCACAAUAUGAAAAACUUUAAAAGGUGUAUCUUCAAAGGUAUAAUAAACUGACAACCUUCGUUUAAUAUUAAGGUAGCUGUAAGAAAAUGACUUGUGUAAGCAACAAAAUACGAAGUUGGACGUUUUUACUUUGUUUUUAUUAUUGCAAUUAGAUAAUUAAGAUUAGUAAUAUAAAAA